GCGAAAUCAUCGUUACUAUAAGCGUGUCUGUCCCCGAGCGUCUUGUGCUACGAGUGCCCGUACUAUACCAGCAGCGUAGCAUCUGUGUAGCUUCUUCUUCUGCGUGCGUGCGAUUCGUUGUAAAGCUUGCUUUAUUUUACCACUGUGAGAUUAAAUAACCUAGCUCCGUGCACAAAAUGACGAUCAACGAACGUACGACGCUGCUGCCGAAGGAGUACCAGAAGACGUACAGCAUCGCCAUUCCGCAGGACGAUGUGAACAAUAAUAUCAGCAACAGCACCAACGACAAUGGCGUACUGAGCGAGUACGACAGCUAUGCACUAACAAAGGACGAGCUGAACAAAUACAUUGACGACCCCUGGUGGGUAAAGAUGCGGUACGGAUGCUUUGCUACCUGCUGGAUCGUUUGCCUGAUUGCGCUGGGCAUUUCACUCUACAUAGCGGCCGAUGCCCUCCGACAUGACGUUUGUGGUGCCUCGUUAGCCAACAACGCUACAGUUGCACCGACAACAACAAGCCCCGACAGCCCAACCACAAAUCCUUUCGCAAACGUGGAACCAAGCACGCCUGCUACGAUCGUGUUUGCUUUGCUAAAUCAACCAACCUCGUAAAGGACACGGUACAGCUGGUCGCUUCGGUUUUGAUUUAUAGCAUAGCAUCCAUAGUGGUUUUACUCGCAUCGCUGUGAUCCCGCUCGUUCAUGUGAUUCCCCCUACGGUAGAAGAAGAAAUUAUUUAUUAUCAUUAGACGACACCCCGUAACAAAAAGUGCAAUUCGCACCUGAUAUCGCAUUUGCAACGAGAAGUGUGUGUGUUUCAGACACGUGUCACGAUAGGGCUCGAUUGGAGCAGGCGGAAAACCGGAAUUCGAUAGCGCAUCGUGUGGUGAGUGUCGGAUCGUGUAACGGUGCUGAAUCGCUCGGUCGAUCGAUGCGGUUCGAAUGGAGAUGUUUUGUUCCGGAACACGGCUCAAAUUUCCUUCACCGCCGACUGGAAAGAACGACUGUAAGCAGAUGAUGUAACUCGGUGGGAAAUUUACUCAUCUCAGGGAUUUGUUUAUGGUACGGUAUACAAAUGGGCAUUGCCAGUGUUGAUACGGAUCGUUGCAUCCCCUGCAAAGGGAUGGCAUUGACGCGACGCAACACAAGAUUAGGUGCAAUCGUAGCUUUUUCUAUACAAGAACGAGUCGGUACUUAUAAGGACAGAUUAGAAUGUUACAAAUAAACGAAUGAUAUUUAC